UAACAAACAGUACAACUUGGAUUUGGUGAGCACGAUUUCAAGCAUGAUUCGCAUGUUGCACAUUUAUUUAUAAAGAAAUCCAGUGGUGUGUUAACGUGGAACAUUAAGACAUUUUGUUCACGCUUUUUUACCAAAAAGUUGGAAAAACAAACACCUCAUAAUGUCCGAUGAGGAGGGUGGAUGUAUUUAUGAUGCAGUGUGGUCUGGCAGCGUUCAACUAGUGCGUGAAAUCUUGCAAAGAGAUCCAUCUUGCGUUAAUGAAUAUGACGUUCAUUUUCAAACACCCUUACAAUUGGUUUAUCGUUGCACCCCUUACGUCAAUCCUCAACAAGCUGACGACAGACUGCCAGUAAUGCAACUGCUUAUUGAUUAUGGAGCAGACAUUAAUAUGCGUGCAAGGAGUAAUCAGAAUUCUUCAUUCACGCCAGUACUCAUCGAAGCAGCUGGAAAAAACCAGAUCGAGGGAGUGGCUCUUCUUCUAAAAAACAAAGCUGAUCCUAACAUCAUAAACACCUUUGGUACAACAGCUUUGCUUACUGCUUUAAAACGGAAAGUUUCCGAAUCGAUCAUUACAAUGUUGCUGGAUCACAAGGCUGAUCCUAAUACUGUUGAUCUUUAUGACCGUACGCCUUUAGAGUUGGCAGUUGCUGCUAAUUACUCUCUGAAUCUUAUAAAAAAGCUCGUAGCGUGUGGUGCAAAGAGUAAAAAUAUUUACAAAUGUUUACUCAAAGCAUGUAAACCAGAUCAGCAGCAAAUUCUUGAGUACUUACUCAAAAAUGCAACUGAAAUAGAUUCUCAUAGACAGUAUUCGUCCAAAGCUCUUGUAUACUAUAUUGAGUCCACGAACCAUCAUUUAAAUGAGGAAAAUUGCAUCCUCAAAAAGUUACUACUUCAGCAGGGAAUUCAUUUCGAUAUUGAAAUGGGUAACUCGGAAUUGCAUCUCGCUGUCAAUGAUAAGAACGAAUCAAAGGUCAAAACUCUGCUUCAGAAUGGAGCCGAUGUUAACAUGAAAAACAUUUUUGGCAAUACACCCUUACAUUUGCUAAUUGGAUUAAAAUACGAUGAAGACCGAAAAGAUGAGCAGUUUAACGCCAUUGGUAGACUACUUAUUGAAUACGGAGCGGAUUUGCGUGCGCGCAAUGUUAUUGAUGAAACGCCUUUUUAUUUAGCUGUAAAAAAAAUAAACGAGACAAACGAUAAAGACCUGAUGCUCGUGAUGUUGACUAAAAUCACAGGCAUUCAAGAAAUAAAGUCGGUUGAUUUACCUCCACGGACUGAUAAAGAAAUGAUAAUUCCCUUUGAUAAGAACGACAUUAGGUUGAACGAACUCCUUGUUGCCAUUACUUUGGGCUACGAGCAAUUAGUCGAUCGUCUACUGGACCUUGAUUAUGUCCAUUUGGCAAGCAAAAAUUUUCAAUGUGAAGACGUCAAUGUAGCUCUUUCAGCUGCUACAAAUCUUUAUAAAACCACGAAAAUGCUAUUAGAGGCUGGUUUUCAAAAUCAUGAGUAUUUUCGAAUGUUUUUUAUUUGGGAAACCGAAAACGAAGUGCUUUAUUCAAAAAUAGCAUGCUUAUUCUGGGAGUAUAAAAACCAUAUGACUGUGAGCAAUUAA